GCCGGAUUUGACCCAGCCAGCAGCAAAUUCCCGUUUUUUUUUUUUAAAGUCCCAAUCCCACCAGCCUGGAUUUGAUUUGGUCAGGGUCUCACUCUGACGUGAGGGGGACACCUGCGGGUUUCUUGAUCCCAGCUCGGUCCAAGGGACUCCAAUUGGCUACAGCGGACGCGAGGAAAGCGAGGGCGCGUCUGCUCUAGUCCCCUGCUACAAAGCUUAAAGCCCAGUUCUUUGAUCCACGCACAAGGGAUUUCAGUUCUUGGAGCCACCGUAGCAAAGAGGGUAACAAGACAGCUGGGAGCUGCAGUCUAGGCACAUUUUUGAUCAAAGAGUAAGAGUCAUGGGGGUGAUGUCGCGGCGGGUGCUGCCCGCGUGCAGCAGCCUCUGCUACUUCUGCCCCUCGCUGCGGGCGCGGUCACGGCAGCCCGUCAAGAGGUACAAGAAGAUCAUCUCCGAAAUAUACCAGCUGCCCGCGGAUGGAGAGCCGAAUGAUAGGAGGAUUGGGAAGCUCUGCGAUUACGUCUCCAGAAAUCCAACACGCAUACCAAAGAUCACAGAGUAUCUUGAGCAGAGAUGCUAUAAAGAACUGAGACACGAGAGUUUCACGUUGGCCAAAGUGGUUCCAUGCAUCUACAGGAAACUUCUGCGUUCAUGCAAGGAGCAUACACCAUUGCUGGCCACGAGCACAUUGUGUCUUGUUCGCACUCUUCUUGAUCAGGAAUCAAACGAUGAUUUGCAGGUUCAGGGUUGCCUAUUGCUCGUCGACUUUCUCAAUGGACAGGUUGACAGCACACAUAUGUUUAGCCUAGAAGGCCUCAUACCAAAACUAUGCAAAAUUGGUCAAGAACAAAGGGAAGAUGACAAAGGACUCCGCCUUCGAUCUGCUGCACUCCAAGCUCUCGCUUCUAUGGUCAAAUACAUGGGUGACCACUCACAUAUUUCAAUGGAACUCGAUGAAGUUGUCUCGGUGAUAAUAAGCUGUUAUGAGGCUAACCAUACACUCUCAAUAAAAGAGGUUGUCAGACUUCAAGAUGACGAUGAUUUGACAACAUUGUCAGUAUCUGGGCAAAAUAGCGCCAAAGUGGCAUCUGAUACAAUCAGGGUUGCAUCCGAGAACCCGGCGCACUGGGCAAGGGUUUGCUUGCGUAACAUGGCUGAUAUUGCAAAGGAGGCAACAACAGUGCGACGUAUUCUUGAUCCUCUUUUUCGCCUUUUUGAUAGCCACAAUUAUUGGUCUCCUGAAAAUGGGGUUGCCCUUUCUGUUCUACAAGAAAUGCAAACACUGAUGGACAAAUCAGGGCAAAAUGGCCAUUUGCUUCUAUCUUUCACGAUAAAGCACAUUGAUCAUAAAAGUGUUGCCAAGAUGCCCAUCAAGCAAAUCAGCAUUGUAAAAGUUGCUUGCCAUCUUGCAAAGCAUGCAAAGUCGCAGGCAUCAGUGACAAUAACUAGUGCAAUCAGCGACUUAAUAAGACACCUGCGGAAAUGUAUGUAUUGUGCUAUUGAAGCAGCAAAUGCUCAAGCUGAUGUUGAUAAGUGGAACAGUGAACUUUAUGUGGCCUUGGAGGAGUGCCUGGUGCAAUUGACAGAAAAGGUUGGGGAUGUUGGGCCAAUUCUUGAGAUGGUCAGCGUAAUGCUUGAGAAUCUCUCGUACACUGCCACCAUCGCCAGGACAACAGUGUCAUCUGUUUACCGCACAGCACAAAUAGCAGCUUAUGUGUACAAUUCAUCAUACAAUCAGAAAGCAUUUCCUGAAGCUUCGUAUCAUCAGCUUCUCUUAGCAAUGAUGCACCCAGACCAUAAGACAAGGAUUGGCUCACACCGUGUUUUCUCCACCAUUGUCGCUCCUUUGCUGUUAUGCCCGUGGUCAGCAAUAAGUUUUCCAGUCCCAAUGAAGCUUAAUGGUUCACAGAGCGUGCUUUUGUUGGCCCUGUCAGCUUUCUCUUCAGAGAUCAAGGAAUCCCCGCACCAAAAUGGGAAAUCAGAAGCUGUGGUAAGUGCUGAGAAUGGAUAUGCACAUACAGAACCAAAUACAAGGCAAUCUUCAGGGAGCCCAUGCUUCAACGAGCAUCGUCUGACCACGUUUAAUGAUGAAAACUUGAAGUUUAUGAAGUUGAACAGUGGCCAACUUGUUCUUCUUCUUUCAUCUAUAUGGAGUCAAGCAUCUCUGGAAGAUAACUCACCUUCAAAUUUCGAAACAAUGUGCCAUACCUACACCAUUGCUUUAUUGUGUUCAAAGGCAAAAACCUCCAGUCACGUGGCACUAGUUCGAUGUUUCCAGUUGGCGUUUUCUCUCAGGAGGUUGUCUCUGAACCAAGAUAAUGUUGUGCAGCCAUCUCGGAGAAGGUGUUUGUAUACGAUGGCAUCAGCAAUGCUUAUCUUUUCGGCAAAUGUUGCUGAUAUUCCACAGAUAACCCAUCUUGUCAAAGCGGCAGUGCCAGAGAAAAUGGUUGACCCUCAUCUUUGCCUGAUUGAUGACUGCAGACUCAUUGUGACUUCUGCACAAUCUUACGGUUCCGAGGAAGAUGAAAGUGAUGCACAAGUUUUUCUUUCAGCUGUCAAUAAGGACGAUGCACAGUUAAAAGAUAUUGUGAUAUCUCACUUCAAGAGGAAAUUCGAAAAUUUACCAGAGAAGUUUGAGGGGAUAGAAGACCAGCUUCUUCAAGAGUUCACCCUGGAUGAUUCAUUUCCUCUUGGUGCCCCGCUAUUUAUGGAGACUCCACACUCUUGUUUAAUGUAUGCAGAAAAGGAUGAUCACUGUUUCGAUGAGGAAGUUAUUCCUUGUGAGAUGGAUGAUGACGAUGACAUCGUUUUUGAACAUAGUGGGUCUCAGUCUGACAGGAAAACAUCAGGAUCUAUGGCUUCAUCCGAUGUUCUGAACGUGAAUCAACUGAUGGAAUCUGUUCAUGAGACAGCAAGGCAAGUUGCUAACGUUCCGGUGUCCACGAAUCCUGUAUCGUAUGACCAAAUGAAGAGCCAGUGUGAAUCCCUAGUAAUGGAGAAGCAGCAGAAGAUGUCUGUGCUCUUGAGCUUCAAGCAUUCGAGGACCAAUUCACGUAGCUCAACUGGAGAUUAUGGACCUGAAACAAAUGAGUCAUCUGCUCGGUCCGACCCCGAGCUGCCAUUGACAAGGAAGGACUACAUGCGGCGCAGCGAUUCGACAUCCAGCGACGACCGGUCCUUCAGGUUGCCGCCUGCAAGCCCAUUCGACAAGUUCUUGAAGGCAGCUGGACGGUAGAUCGGCAAUGGCGUGAAACCCAACAAACUGGUUUUCAAAUGUGUAUACAAGAGUGGUUGCAAAUUACAUGUCGUCCGUGCUAAAUCUUUCUGCUGUUUUGUUCCCUUUUUUUGGGAGUAUAUUCUUUGAGUGUACAAAAUUUCGGCAAGGUGUACAAAUUUCUGUUAUGUAGAGUCCCAGAAUAAAUGGAAAGUGUAGUGUUUGAGUUGUAUGUACGUUAACAGCGGCC